AUGUCUUCCCAUGAUAUUCUAUAUAAUGAAAAGACAAAUGAAGCUUGGCAAAGAGCAUUUGCUUCUUUGAACUGUAAUAUAUUUAAUAGAUUUCUACUUGGAGAAAUAAACCGUCAGAAAAAGUACCUUCGUCGUCAAUUCGAGAACGAUCCUACAUUGACAGAUUCAGAAAAACAAAGUUUAUUCGUUCGGCUUCAACAACAUUACGAGUUGGUUAAAAUCGAAAGAUCAGGCAGAAAGCGUCAAUGCGGUGAUUGUCAUAGUAGGUGCCAAGCGACGGACUUCUGUGAGUUGUGCAUUCGAAAAUACUUGAAGAAUAAUUUUGGAAAUUGGUCUUCUGGAAAUAAUGAGAUUGAUGUGUUAAUUCAAGAAUGCCAACAAAAGACUGUUCAACCUGAUUACAUCGUAGAAUGGAUCGAUUACGACCAAUUUCAGAGUAUAGUGUAUAAGACGGAAGGUGGAUACGCCACGAUCUACACGGCAAUAUGGAAAGUUGGAUCUUAUUUUAAAUGGAAUCACGAGACACAGUCUUUGGAAAGAUUUGGUCGACAUAAAGUCAUAUUAAAAAAAUUGAGAAAUUCUGCAAAAGAUGGAAACUGGUACCAAGAGGUUAGAUCGCAAUUUGUCCUUGAUAACACAUCGCGAUAUCUAGUGAAAUGCUAUGGAAUAACAAAGGAUUUACAAAGCGGUGACUACAUGCUCGUGUUAGGUGCUUAUAAUUGCGAUUUACGGCGAUAUUUGGCAGAGAACCGCUUGUCGAUGACCUGGAUUCAAAAAUGCCGAAUUUCCAGAAAUAUAGCUGACAGUCUUAGCAAAAUUCACGAAAAAAAAUUUGUCCACCGAGACCUGCACUCCGGCAAUAUUUUAUACAAGGCUCGUGCUGAUAACUGGUUUAUUAGUGACAUGGGUUUUUGUGGUCCCUUAGACAAACCCCUGGGAAUUUUAAUGUGGGAGAUCGCCACAGGAGAAAUCCCAUUUGUUAAUAUGGAACAUAAUUAUGAUUUGGCCUUGGCGAUUAUUAGUGGUAUGCGUCCCAAGAUUCAUGAAAAAAUUCCGGCCGAAUAUGUUCGGAUGAUGAGGCGAUGUUGGGAUCCUAACCAGGACAGCCGACCGAGUGCAAUAAUAGUAUGUUUAGAACUUGACGAAAUUUUCAAGAAAUUACAUAAAUCAAGUAUCAUUGAGCACAAAUGUUUGAAAACGGGAAUCGUGAAUUUAUUCAGAAACAAAGCUAUGAAUGAAAAGGACGAGAAUGAUAUAUUUGAAGAUGACCUCACCACAACACCCAUUCCUAAGAUAGUUGUUAACCAAGUUAGUAAAUUGUACACAUUUCCCAACAUGAAUGAAUAUGAAAGCCUAACUUUAGAGUUUGACUCUCGGCAAUACGAAUUAAGUAUUUCAGGAGUGAUCGAAAAUCACUAA